AGUAUGUAAUUUUGAUAAUUUUAAUAGUCUUUGAAGGCAUCGUCGCAGAGGCUACCCGACGUCACUCUGACGUCACUACGCGGACAGAAACAAACAUGGCGCCGCGAAAGUGAGGGAAAACUCCGACUCUUUGUCCAGCCGAGCAGGAUGCCUCAGAGGAAGCAACGCAAGAGAGAUGGACCCCCUGAAAGCCAGUCGUUGGACCAGAACACAAAGGCGGAUGAAGCUCUCAAUGAAGGCGAGGAACAGGUUGAGACAGAAUCGAACAAGUUGCACUUGAGCAGAGAAGACGAGUGCUCCGCUUCGCUUCUGCCGCCGCUCUUGUCGGACCGAGAAAAACAGUGGAGAGACAGAAAACACAAAGCCGAAGAAAUGACAGAGGAAGAGAUGAUGGCCUUGGCGCUGCAUCUGAGCGCGCAGGAAGCCAGCGUCAGCGCGCACCAAGUGCAGCAGGAAGAAGCCGCCGUCAUGAAAGCGAUCAAAGACAGCAUGUUCGGCCAGACACAAGAAGCCUCUCAGAGUCAGAGCCUGCUGACUGAAGCGGACACCUCCUGCUCGCGACGCAGCCGUUCGUACCCGAAGGCCGGGGCCGAAUCGAGCGACGUCUGCACGAACCUGAGCCGAGAGGGCAAAGGAAAAGGGGAAACUAACCAAGAUCAGAAGUGCAAAACGAAGGAAGCUCCUGUGCCGGACUUGUCGCAGAGCCACGACGUCUGCACUCAGGCGUUGCCCAGUAGCUACGAGUCAGCGCUUGAAUUUUUGGACUCGCCACAGAGCUGCGAUUCCACGCAGAUCGAUGAGUGUCCGCUCCGUAAAUCCCCCGUCUCCCUCACGAGCGGUCGUAGAGCCACGGUGGCCUUCCCCCGGCUGAGUCAGGACCUGCUGGAGACCUGCAAGACCUCCGGCUUCGUGCUUUGCUCACAGCUCUCGCCCGAGAGCGUCCCUUUUUCGGCACGCCACAAAAGUCCCGUCUUUUCCGAGUCGGAGACGGGAGACGAUGGCGCUGAGUAUCUAAAAAGCCCCGUGUUUGGAGAUGAAGCUCGACGUGACAGGUCUCGGGAUGUCAAAGCGGGAAGUCCGGACGGACCAAACUUGGACUUCAGAUUCUCUUCUCAGGAGAGCUUAAGCCCGUCUGUGAGGCCUUCUUCCUGUCCGCCCAUGAGCCCGGUUUUCCCAAGGAGCCCGGCACCCUCAAAGAACUCGCCCCUCUCAAAAAGUAGUCCCGUCUUCUCGGGGUCAGAUGGGAAGCGCUCCCAAGAUGUCCACUCAACAAACGCGGACCGUCGAUCUGUUCCCGGUUUCGCCGAUGACUCAUCUGAAACGGAGCUGCUCAGUGACAUGACGCUUCGCUGGUCUGACAACGAUGCGGAUGACACGCUGGUGAGCUCACCCAGUCCAGUCUUCCCGGAGGAGAAGCGUUUCCAACAGGCCGACGCACACGCGGCCCAUUUGAACCCCGUUACGGAAACGGGCCCGGAGACAAGCUCUUCGAGCUGCAACCUGAACACUCAGCAGUGUGUCUCCACCCAGCCAACGGUUCAUUACUACUGGGGGGUCCCCUUCUGUCCACGCGGACUGGACGCAGACGCCUACACACAGGUGAUCGUGGCCCAGAUGGAGGUGUACGAAAAGAGUCUAAAGGAGGCUCAGAGGUGUCUGCUGAGGAAGGCCGAGUGGGGGGACGCCAUCCUGCCGCAGUCGGAGAAAUCCCCGUUACCGGAGUCUUCCCACACGGAAGGUCCUCGCAGGCGUGGCCUCAGACGGAAAUACAAAAAGCUCUUUAGUCAGGAUGUGGACAACCUUCCGGUGGAGACGGAGGAGGAGGAAGAGGGGGAGCAGCAGCAGCAGGAGGAGGAGGAAGUAAGGGAAAAGGAUGAAGAAGAGGAGAAAGACGGGAUGGAGGAGGAAGGGACUGCAUGGAAAGAGGGAGAGCAGAUGGACACUGACGACUACGUGAUUUGUCCAGAGACCCAAAUGAGUGGGCAAGAUCACACGGAUCUAGCUAAGCCUAACAGCCCGGAGUGUCCGGAAACGGCGCAGAGAGGCGAUGAGUCGGUCGUCGAUGAUCUCGAGGAUGAGGAGGAGUCGAUGGAGGCCAACGGAGAGACUCAGACAAACCACCUCAUCAGCGGCGACAUUGGAACGAAACCUGCUCCGACGAAUGAGGAAGAAGAAAGAGUGCUUCGAAGGUCCUGUUCGCCCGAGCUGGAUCCCGUCGGCCUGGAAGCCGCCGUGGAGUGUCCCAUGUGCCAGGGAACGUUCCCCAUGGGAAAGAUCGAGAGGCACGCGGCGUACUGCGACGGCAAGGCAGAGCCCGCAGAUGCGGAUGAACGUUUGCAAGUGCCCUUGAAGCCCAGAAGGAAGAGAAAAAGGUGGGCAGCAGACGAAGAAGGCGAUGCCUCCUCCACUGACAACAGCCAGGAGAAGUGUUACAUCUGCCAGAAGGCUGUGGCCCUGCGAGAGUAUGCCACCCACACCGAGCUCUGCAUCCAGCGGCGGGCAACAAAGACGCCCGGGAAGGGAAAUCUGUUGGCAGCUCUGGAGAAUAUAGAAAGCAGGCAUACGGGAGCCGGUCCGUCCAGGUGCAGACUCCAGCAGGGGUAAGUUGUCACCACUGAAUUCUGACGUCGUGAUGGUUUGACAGUUUAUAGCCAUGACGCUGCUGUGAAUACUAACCUGACUUGUUGCCACACAGUUAACCUUUUUGUACCCAGGAUGGCUUUUGUAGCAUGAGUUUCAGGGGCCUUUUUAGUGAUCCAUGUCUGCUGAUAACUUAUUGACGGAUGGAUCACAAUAUGUUUAGAAAUAUGGUUUAAAAAAAAAAAAAAAAAAAAAAAGGCAAUUUUGGGUGAUGAUUAAAUGUAAUAAGGAAUGGUUCAUUCAACUACUAAGUAGGUUGUACAGCUUUUAGUACAUAUACAGUGGAUAUAAAAAGACACCCCUGUUCAAAUGA